AUGGCAACUUCACUUCUAGGGGAGGAGCCGAGGUUAGGAUCGACUCCUUUAGCCAUGUUAGCUGCAACAUGUAACAAAAUAGGGAGUCCGAGCCCUUCACCGUCGACAAUUUCGGACAAUUCUUCGUCGUUUGGAAAGGGUUUCCACCCAUGGAAAAGAGCCACCGCGAGCAGCUGCAGCCUGGGAUCCGGUUUGUCCGGCUUCGGGGUGUCCCGUAAUGGAUCCGGUAUAUCGGACUCUUUCGGCACCAACAGUUCAUCCGGAUCCAGUGCUUUUUCCCUCACAUCUGGUACCUCAUCUAGUUCACACUUUGGAAACGAUUACUCGGUUUUCCAAGCCUCUGUUUCAAGCAGUUCUCAAGAGUCAAGCCACCAGCCGGUUUUCAUCUCGAAGGUGCACACCUCAGUGGACAGUUUGCAGGGCAUCUAUCCGAGGAUGAGUGUUGCACAUCCCUACGAGUCCUGGUUCAAAUCGUCUCAUCCUGGCAUCCCCACAGGAGAGGUUGGGACCACCGGGGCCUCUGCGUGGUGGGAUGUGGGAGCGGGAUGGAUUGAUGUUCAAAAUCCUAAUGGAGCAGCACUACAGACCUCCUUACAUUCCGGUGGACUGCAGACGUCCUUGCACUCUCCUCUGGGAGGAUAUAAUUCUGAUUACUCGAGUUUAAGUCACUCUGCUUUCAGUACAAGUCCCUCUCCACACCUGUUGACAACCGGCCAGCACCUGAUGGACGGUUUCAAGCCGGUGCUAUCUUCUUAUCCGGACACAAGCCCCUCUCCGUUAACUGGGGCAGGGGGGACUAUGCUCUCCGGGGGUCCACCUGCAUCUUUAGCGGGGUCUCCGAGGUCAUCUGCCCGGCGGUACUCGGGCAGAGCAACCUGCGACUGUCCAAACUGCCAGGAGGCGGAGAGACUGGGACCGGCGGGAGCCAGCCUCAGGAGAAAAGGUCUCCACAGCUGUCAUAUCCCCGGUUGCGGGAAGGUUUACGGGAAAACAUCGCACCUAAAAGCGCAUUUGAGGUGGCACACCGGCGAGAGGCCGUUUGUGUGCAACUGGCUCUUUUGCGGGAAGAGGUUCACGCGCUCCGACGAGCUCCAGCGACAUUUACGCACACACACCGGGGAGAAAAGGUUCGCCUGUCCGGUGUGUAACAAGAGAUUUAUGCGUAGUGAUCACCUGAGUAAACAUGUAAAAACUCACAGCGCCGGGGGAUCCGCCGGCUCUGGCUCCGGCGGCAGCGGAGGGAAGAGAGGGAGCGAUACCGACAGCGAGCACAGCGCACCGGGGAGCCCUCCGUGCCAUUCCCCCGACCUGUUGCACCCACCUGAGUCUACUCAAGGAGUGGGCAUGAACGGCCUUUAA